UUCACCGUACUCAUGGCUGCUUGCGCUUCCAACAAGGGAUCUGAGCGUAAUGUCUUCGUCUGCGUAGAGAAGCUGCUGGAGAAAGGAGCCGACGUAAACACCUUCGACAAACACAAGAUGACGCCACUGAUGUACGCGGCGCGGCAAGGCUGGGUCUCCAUCGUGAAGAUGCUGCUCGACCACAUCGCGAAUCCCAAUCUACAGGACGUGCGCGGAUGGACGGUGUUACACUGGGCAGCAAGCCGCGGUCACAUUCUCACGACAAAGGCCUUCGUAGAAGCAGGAGCUGAUACCGGCAGCUAUCGCGCGCGUUCGAUGGCAGAAAGCAGUAGAUAUAGCCUACGCACUAGAACUAGCACCAUAUAGUGGUUUACUACACGUCACAUGGCAGCGACAUCACCGUGGCAACGUUCGCUCAACCAGACGGAAUCCAAAUCAUGAUCCAGGAGCCGAGUCCCGAUCGUGAGACCCCCGCCACGCCCCUCCCUCCCCCCGCCUUC